UUGGCCCUUAAAACUCGCGAUUCGAAUUCGAAACGCCACAUCACCUUUGGAGCGGUGAUCGCCGGAAUAUUAGCCAUGUCAUUCACCGGCAGCUCCAGCCAGCCGUUCGACGACGAAGGCGGCUUCGUCGGCUACGAUCCCCGGCUCCAGUCACAGCGCUUCGACUCGUUCUCCAACUUCGACGCCGACUCGGUCAAGGACUCGGCCGAUGACUCGUCCCCGAUUUUCGGCGGCGGCGGCUCGUACGCUGCCGGGGACGACGUGUUCUCUUCUCAGGCGGUGCCGGAGACUCCUUCUCCGCCGUCGAUCUACUCUGCCGCUGGGGGAUUCGCCGCGUUCUCCCCCGACCAGAAUGGGGAGGGCGUGGACGGAGGUUUCGGCACCUCCGAUGGCCCGAUCUUGCCGCCUCCGGUGGAUAUGGUGCCGGAGGAGGGGUUUGCUCUGAGGGAGUGGCGAAGACAGAACGCUAUUCGAUUGGAGGAGAAAGAGAAGAAGGAGAAGGAGAUGCGGUUGCAGAUCAUAGAGGAAGCGGAUGAGUACAAAAUUGAGUUUUACAAGAAGCGUGAGGUUAAUGUUGAGAACAACAAGGCUUCUAACAGGGAAAGAGAGAAGCUAUUUUUGGCAAGCCGGGAGAAGUUCCAUGCUGAAGCUGAUAAAAACUACUGGAAGGCAAUUGGUGAACUUAUACCCCAUGAAGUGCCUACUAUAGAGAAAAGAGGGAAAAAGGACAAAGAGAAGAAGCCUUCUAUUGUUGUAAUCCAGGGACCAAAGCCAGGGAAGCCAACUGAACUAUCAAGAAUGCGCCAAAUAUUAUUGAAGCUCAAGCAUAAUCCCCCUCCACAUAUGAAGCCUAAGCCUCCCCCAUCUUCAGAAACCAAAAAGGACGCUAAAACUGGACCUCCUGAUGGAGCUAGUACAAGUACUACGCUUCCCAAGGUUUUGCCUGUGGCAACUACUGAGGCUGUUGCUGCAGCUUGAGGUUGGUGCUAUUUGCCCAUUCUACAUGUGAAAAUCAGUUUGUCAAGUUUGUGAUGGCUUUGAGUUUGUGAGCAUGUUAGUGUAGUUUGUGUGGUAGUAUUUUAUGUACAAAAUACCUGUAUCGGUUUUGGUUGUGUAGUCUAGUGGUAUAUUCUCCUCCUCAGAACUUAAUUUUGGCUGCAAGUCCUGUUUGUGGCCUAUCUACAUUAUCUUUGCGAUAGACAUUUUAUAAAUACGCACUGCUUUUUCUUUGAAUUUGGCAU